AUGGCGAUUUCUCACAGGAGGAAGACAAAGAUAAAGGCGAAGUUAGAAGCAGCAGCAAGGGAGGCAUCAGCAGCAGCCGCUUUCUUCUCACAGAAACCUAACCAGGACGUCAUGCCAAACGUUUCUGAUUCUGCUAUGAGGGAAUUUUUAGAGAGGAAAUUCCAGAAAAUAGACGCCUACCACGAGAAAGAAAUUCGCGAUGCUAUGAUCUGGAAGGAAAAGAAUUCGGUUCUUACUCGAGAGAGGGAGGAGAUAGAAGCACUGGCAAGGGAGAGGAGCGCAUUUGGAAGGAAGCAGCAGGAGCACACCGAAUCGGCUCUGAGAGAAAUAUGGGAAUACGAAAGGACGGUCGGAGAGCUGGAGAAGAAAGCCAGUGAUUUAGGUCACAAAAACGAAACUUGGAAGAGAGAAAUGGAUCAAAUAAUACUCAGUCUCUUGAGAGCAAAUAGUAUUCUCCAGAAGAAGAAUGAAUUGCUCGAGCAGGACAGAGGAGAGGACAGCAACAAAAUAACCAGCUUGGAAAACAAGUUGGCAGAUCUGAAACGGCAGGUAGUGGCCCUAACCAUCGGUAUGCAAGAGAAGGACAGACAUUUCACGGAAAUGAAAAAGGAAAUCAAGAGCCUAAAGGAUGAAAAAGCAAGGCUCAAAGAAGACGUGAAAUGGGAAAAUUAUCCAAAGACUGAACUAGACUAUAAAGAAAAUUCAAAAGAAUUUGGCGAGUUUUCUAUGGCAAAGAAGGGCAAGAGAAUGCGGAAAAACAAUAAGUACAAAAAGAAGGCUAAACGCAGUCCUGCACGGGAAGGACAAGACCUGGCAGAACUUAAGGAGGAUAUCCAAAAGGUACUCAAGGAGACGAUAAGUAACAUAUUUAAGGAGAGGCAGGCUCGGAGAGAAUUCGGAAAUGAGUCAAUGAGAUCCCUAAAUUGUAAGCAUGAGGAGAGACAGCAGAGAGACCUUGAGAGCAGGCUUCGAAGACUAAAUGGAAGAGAGAGGAUAAGACAGGAAUUGGGACACUUCUAUGGAAUUUAG